UCUGGGGGCGCGCACCGCAUGCCAACUUUAUUUUGGAAAGUGACGGACGUGAUAGGGUGAAUGCAACCACUUGACUGGGAAUGGCCGGGAGAAGGAUUAACCGUGAAACCAUCAUGGAGGAGGUCGCCGGAAGCUCCAAACCCCUGGCGGAGCCUGAGGCCGAGGAACUAGAGAAAGUCUAUGGGAAGCCUAGGGAAGAGGAGCCUGCGGACAAGGUUACCGCCGCUAAGAAGAAGUUUUGGUAUCAAAUCCCGAUCUUAACCUUGCCUGAGCUCGACGACACCAUUAGCAAGUUACUAGGAACCAUGAUGUCGGUAUCUUUUCAGACUAUGCUGCAGGCUAGCCCUAGGUUGCUCAAAGGGCUCAGACAACUGUUGACUCGGAGGCGAGUAGAAAUAGGCGACAACCCCGAAUUACCAGAAGGGGAGAGGGAGGAGGAAGCUCCGCAAGAAGUGGCUAACCUUCAGAGGAGUCACGGGGACUUGGAGGAUCUCGAAAAAGCCUUUGCAGACAUUCGUUUGAGCUUGCCCGACCGGAAGGGCGGCGAAGUCAUGAGAUCACCACCCGGGACAAAGCUUAGUUUUCAUGCACUACCCGUAGGGAAACUAAAAAUCCAGAUCGGGAGGUAUCAUACCGACGCAUUAGUAGACGGGGGAGCAGAAAUCACUCUCAUAAGGAGAGAUUUCGCAACGAUCACGGGAUGUACGGUAAACAAAGAAGUAACGGGGAGCAUCCGGGGAGCUGGCGGGGAAAUCCCGUUCGCUGGGUACGUCACGAAGUGUGCUGUGAAGGCAGGGGUCAGGGAAUCGAUCUGGUCGUUUCAGCAGAUGACCGUAAUGGAGGAAAUGGACCACGGCAUAAUCCUCGGGAGACCGUGGUGCGCGAACGUAGAGAUGAUAGGCAUGCACUUGCACGAUGGCUCGUACAUGGUAGACAUAGAGGACCCUGUGACCGGGCGGGGAGAGCUUCUCCGACUCCUUGGAACGGGAGGAGACCCCCCGAAGGGGAAAUUGACGACAUGGUCGCCGUCAUUCGAGGAUAGCACGCGAAAAGGGGUUUUCGCACGGAUGGAAGGUAUGAGAGAAAGGGUAGAAAUCAUGAUUGAGGAAGCAUUCAAUAAGAAGGAGUGGAUCAAGAUGAGCCUGCCCCAGAAGAAGAGGAGGCAGGAGGACGAAGUCCUAGGUGUUAUGGUAGCGGAAAAGGAGUCAAAGGUCGAACUUGGUGCUAGCCUGCCCAAACGGAAAGAAGCACGCAUAGACGUGCCAGAAAUCGCACUCGAGAUCCCCGAUCUAUUGCAACUCAUCAAGACCCUCGGAUACCACAAGAAGGGACGACUGGAUGCGAAGUUGAUCCCUCCGGUCAGAAGCCACACGGUAGAACAUGAGUGCUGGAAUGACAAGGGGUCAUCCUAUGAAUUUGGGAUAGCAGGAGAAGUAACAGACCUCCUCCGAGCAAAGAUGGACUCCUUCGUUGCGGAGCCUACGACAUCGCUAUACGCAAAUCGGUGGUUUGUCUUUCGGAAGCCUAACAAGACACUAAGGUGGAUUCAGGACCUUCAGAAGUUGAAUGCGGUAACCAUCCGGGAUGCUGGCUCGCUACCUCAGGCUGACUUAUUAGCACAAUCGCGCUCCGGUCGGAGCAUUUACUCCCUGAUAGAUCUGUACUCAGGGUACGACCAACUUCCAUUGGAUGUUCGGGACAGGCCAUACACCGCUAUGCACACCUCCGUAGAACAGCUACAGAUGCAAGUGACCCCUAUCGGAUUCACAAACGCGGUGGCCGAAGCGCAACGCAGGAUGCUCGCCGUGGCCGGAGACAUGUUCCCAGAAAAGUGUGAGCCUUACAUCGAUGAAAAUCCGAUCAAAGGCGCGCAGGAGAAGGACGAGACGGAAGUCCAGCCAGGGAUCCGACGUUUUGUGUGGGACCACCUGCAGGACAUCAAGGACUUACUCCGCCGGUUCCUAGUAUACAACAUUACGGCUAGUGGACCGACGAGCAUCCUACCAGUACCGGAGGUAACUAUACUAGGAUUUCGUUGCGGUGCUUACGGCAGGAAGCCGGAUCCGGCAAAGACCGACAAGAUAUCACAGUGGCCGACACCACGGCGCACGACGACGGAGGUAAGGGUAUUCUUAGGCAUAGUCGACUUUUGGAGGAUCUUCAUUAAGAAUUUUGCCAAGAUUGCUGAGUCUAUCCGGGUUAUGAUCAGGGAAGAAGGAACCAUGAAUUGGACGGAGGAGCGAGGAGUUGUCCAAAGGCUCAAGGGCGUAUUGACAUCUGAGACAGUCGCCCUGUCCGCACCUUGUUUUAAUGACGAAGUGGGACGACCCUUCAUCCUAGAGACGGAUGAAGGACCUUUGGCCGUAGGAGGUGUGUUGAUUCAAAGAGAUGAAGGAGGAAAAGAGAGGCCGACUAGGUUCGAAAGUAGAACCCUGAACUCCGCAGAACGGCGAUACUCGCAAUUCAAGAAGGAAGUCCUAGCCAUCCUGCAUUGCCUUAAGACCUUCCAGGCCUACCUAUUUGGGAGGCGGUUCAUCUUAAGGAUCGAUCCGACGAAUGUCGCAGGGGCUCUAAAGAAUUACAGGCCUAUAGAUCCGACGGUAGGGAGAUGGGUAGGAUUCAUUUGGCAGUUCGAUUACAAGAUUGAACGGAUUGCUGGAAUCCGCAACAAGGCAGAUGGGCUGAGUCGGGUUUGCAUCACUCCUGAAGGGAUGGAGGAUGCAGAGCCCAUAGACGCAUUCCUCGAAUACGAAGGAGGGACUCUCGCGGUGGAUAACGAAAUGAUGAGCGGGGAAUACACAUCGGGAGAACUAUUGAUCCAGACUUUGGAGAAGGGGGCACCUGCCGUAGUAGCAAAACUUAGAGAAGGACCAGUUACCACUCGAGGACGCAAAGAAGAAAAGAACUCAUGGGGAACGAUAGUAGGACCGAAAGAGGAACUAAUGGCAAUGGCGGUCGAGGGAGGCCGAGAAACAGUGAUGAGCUUAGUGAAAUUUUGGGAAAGGAAAGAGUUGCAAUGGGUGGUAAACCAGAUGCAGGAAGAAAACGAUGAGGGUCAGGAAGGGGAGGAGUUUCUCUAUGUCCAAUCAUACGAAGGGCUCUCUCGGGAGAUCGGCCUGUUGUUGGUAGGAAACAAACAACCUACGGAAGUCAGUAUUAAAGCAAGAGAAGAAGCCAAAAGAUACGUCCUAAGGGGCGGGCAUUUGUUCCGAAGGGAGGAAGGUGCUAUGCCCAAAAGGGUUGUGUGCAAAAGACCUAGGCAAGUAGACGUUAUCUAAGCAAUGCACGACGGGUUAGCUGGAGGUCAUCGGUCGUCCAAAGGAACACUUGCAAAGAUAACGCC